AACCAUGGGGAGCACUUGUCCGGACCACUUUCAUUUUCACCGCUUCAUCCUCAAGUGUCAUCUCUCUUCUCGAUGUCUAUUCAUGUGUUCUGUUGUUUCUCUUUUUCCCCCACCACUGAUUAAGGAAACAUGUCCACUGCCAACCAGAUUAAAGGGAUUUUCUUCUGUGAAUUCCAUCCGACCCAAGGACCAAUCAUAGCUUAUCAGAUACCAGAAGAUCUGAUUAAAAAAGAAACUUUUGAUGCUCUUCAUAUUUACAUCAUUCCUAAAAAAGAGUUAUUUGAGCGUGAUAUUACAGUAAAUGCACUUGGCCAUAAAAUCCUUGGUUACCCUGUUCACAUUGAUAGUCCUAAAUAUGCCCGCAAUGCCCUUAUAUUCAACCUGUGCUUUGUUUUUGACCAACAAACAUGUACAACAGACUAUGAACCUGUGGUUAAGAAACUUUCUGCUUACUUGACUCAGUUAGAGCUUGAGAGCGGUUAUUUAUCAAAUGAAGAAUCCAGAAAAGAAAUACCAAAAUUAAUGCAAGAUGUCCUCCAAGCUUUAAAUACACACGGAAUGUGCCAUGUGCCAAUGAGCAAAUCAACCACAAUACAUUUGAAAGUCACAUCCCGGAUUACAAUGCCUCCCGCAGUUGCUGAUCAUGAUGUGCCUAUUUUGGUCAAAGACUCUGGUUCAAUUUCUGAAUGGGAUCUUACUACAAAACAGAUUCUUCCGUAUCUUGAUGGUUUCAACCAUGUGGCAUUCAUUGCUACUGAAGCAGAUGUUGAAAUUAACUUAGUAAAAGCUUGUCUCCAGAAUUUACAACAUUAUGGAGUCAUAAAAUUAAUUUCCAUAUUCCAGUAUUCAAAUGUUCAUGCCACAACCCCUGAAAUAUAUCGACUUUCUGAAGAUAAAGACUUACAAGAUGAGUGUGUUAGAUAUGUAAGAACUCAAGGGCAUUCUUUACCAGAAUUCAAAGACAUUUUCCAUUUACUUUGUGAAAUGAAUCCCGGCACAACUGUACGUGAUAUCUGCUGCCAAUUUAAUCCCAGGGCUUUGAGGAUUGAUGAACGGAAAUUGAUUCAGUUUGGGUUAAUCAAAGGUUUAAUCCGUCGAAUCCAUCGAUAUCCAGUAAAGAUCCACAACAUCAACAUCCAGCCCCGAAUGCAGACAUUGUACCACUAUUUUAACGGACUUCACAGCUAUGAUGAAAUAUGUGGCCGAAUGGGUAUGAGUUACAAUGAACUUGAUGAACUUGUUGAAAGUGAUUCCAGUGUUGUAGUAUAUUUCAAAUGAACCCAUUCGAAUGACCUGCCAGACGUUCGGAGCUCUACACUGAUACUGCUUAUUCUCUCAGUCUAUAUUUCUUUCGCUCUUUUUUACUAAAAUGUUUAUGUUACUAAGUGUUAUACUUUACCU